CCCCUAAAUUAAAAAGAUGCACCAUUGCACCACAGCCUUGAUUGAAUUUCCCUUAUCCUUACUUCAUUCUCCGGACUUACAUUUUAGCAAACGCGUUUUGAUAUUUUUUUUCUGGUUGUAAAUUGUGCCUCAUUAGGGGACCUGUCCUGCAGCAACGGAAAAAUGACGCAGCAUGUCAAUAUUGCAUGUCGUUCUGAACAGAGCUUUUCCAGCGGGUAAAAGCAUCUUAAUAUCUGAUCUUGUGCACGCGUCCACUGAGCCACUCAGCAAUUGCGCAUGCGCGUCGGUGGGCUCCAGACGAGGCUCGUGCUGUCUCUCUGCAGAAAUGACGAGCUUCGCUUCACUCUCAUCGAGAGACACGCGCGGAAAAGGAGACUGAAAAUAACCAUAUGGUGGAAAUAAAGAGGACACGUUCAGUCACUUCCGAACAAACAGCGGAGGACCUCGCCAAAGCUGGACACCGAGAAAACAAAAGAAGGUGUUUAAAGGACCCCUCCUAUUCCACUUCAAAGCUGGCGUCUCUUCUGUACGAGUGCAGCUACACAUCCUGAGGGAAAAGAUUCUCUAGAUGUAAUGUCUGUCAACACACGGCUUCUGAUCGGCAGCAUCCGGACGAGCAUUGAAGAAAACGACUGAUGUCAAAUGGAAAAAAUCGCUUAAAAUGUGACGGCUGCGGUGUAGCCUCGAUCUCCCCCAAUUUGUCGGAUUUGAGGAGGCGUCUACUGGGAAUCGGGCGAGUGCAUGUGUGUCGUUUUGGAGAGAGGAGGAAAAGCGCGCGCUGUGGAGCUGUCCGUUCAGAACCACACACACAUUAUCCUGCCACCAGCGGUGCACCACAAGCCAUCAGCCUCGCACCUUCUCGGGACCUCAUGGGGUGCGACGCAAUUUUUUUGACAACCACUGCAUGCGUUUGGAUUGUUUAACGCUUUUGGUUUUGGAAGCAGUCCUUCACACACCUGCCAAGAACAUCAAGCGCUCAUGCACCCGUUUUCUGCUGCUGAGUUGCCUUUGCGCAAUUGUUUUUUCUGCGUUUCUUCAGUUCGCCCUCAUUUUUUCGUGGCUUAACAUUUGCGCACAUGUCUCCUCCGUGUCUCUCAGCGUUAUAAUGCCUGGCCCGGGCUCGAGACAUGCCUAAGCGACGAGAUGGGCCAGGGCGACGAGAAAGACCGUGUUGUGAUUAACGUGGGAGGGAUUCGACACCAGACCUACCGCAGCACCUUGCGCACUCUGCCCGGCACUCGUUUAGCCUGGCUCGCCGAGCCUGAUGCCCACAGUCACUUUGAUUAUGACGCGCAGAUCGACGAGUUUUUCUUUGACCGCCACCCGGGAGUUUUUGCACACAUUCUCAAUUAUUACAGGACUGGAAAGUUGCACUGCCCCGCUGAUGUCUGUGGCCCUCUUUACGAGGAAGAGCUGGCCUUUUGGGGCAUCGAUGAGACAGAUGUGGAGCCCUGCUGCUGGAUGACGUACCGGCAGCACCGGGAGGCCGAAGAGGCGCUGGACAGUUUCGGUGGAGGGCCAGUUGAAAUGGGCAAUGAUGACAUGGACACGGAAGCUUUGGGUGAUCCAGGGGAUGGAGACGAGGAGCUGGAGAUGACCAAACGCCUGGCCGUCGGGGACUCACCUGACACUAAAGGUGCAGGCUUUUGGCAACGCUGGCAGCGUCGUGUUUGGGCGCUCUUUGAAGAUCCCUAUUCCUCCAAAUAUGCAAGGUGGGUGGCAUUUGCAUCGCUGUUCUUCAUUCUGGUUUCCAUAACCACAUUCUGCCUGGAGACGCACGAGGCCUUCAACCCCAUCAUUAACCGCACAUAUGUGAACACUCAAGACAACACCUCAAGGUUUCACCUGGAGACAGAGACGGUGGUCUACCUAACCUACAUUGAGGGAGUGUGUGUGGUGUGGUUCACCUUUGAGUUCCUCAUGCGUGUCACCUUCUGUCCAGACAAAAAAAAGUUCAUCAAAAACACCUUAAACAUUAUCGAUUUUGUGGCCAUUCUGCCAUUUUACCUGGAGGUGGGCCUGAGUGGGCUGUCCUCUUCUGAAGCCAAGGAUGUUCUGGGUUUCCUCAGAGUGGUGCGGUUUGUUCGGAUCCUCCGAAUCUUCAAGCUGACUCGCCACUUUGUGGGACUGCGUGUAUUGGGACACACUCUCCGCGCCAGCACCAAUGAGUUCCUCCUGCUCAUCAUCUUUCUUGCUCUUGGAGUGCUAAUCUUCGCCACCAUGAUCUACUACGCCGAACGAAUCGGCGCCAAUCCUAAUGAUCCACGUGCCAGCGAACACACCCACUUUAAAAACAUUCCCAUUGGCUUCUGGUGGGCUGUCGUGACCAUGACCACGUUGGGAUAUGGAGACAUGUAUCCUCAGACUUGGUCAGGUAUGUUAGUGGGCGCAUUGUGUGCUUUGGCUGGUGUGUUAACCAUCGCCAUGCCUGUGCCCGUCAUCGUCAAUAACUUUGGGAUGUACUACUCUCUAGCCAUGGCUAAGCAGAAGCUACCAAAGAAAAAGAACAAGCAUAUUCCCCGUGCCCCUCAGCUGGGCUCAGCAAACUACUGUAAGUCUGCCAUGAACUCGCCCCACCACAGCCCACAAAUCAGCGAACACUGCGCUCUUGCUGCCCAAGAGGAGAUUUUAGAAAUGAACAGAGCAGAUCCCAAAGUGAACGGUGAGGCAGCUAAAGCAGCUCUGGCCAAUGAGGACUGUCCCCAUAUAGACCAAGCCAUUUCCCCUGAGGACGGCCAGAUCUUUAACCCCAACGAGCCACGGGGAGACACUCCAUGCUUUCUGCUCAACGUUGGCAGACGGUCCACAAACACUGGCACCCGAGUGAGGAAGGGUUAUCAAAAGUCCCGAAGCCUGGGCACCAUAUCCAGCAAGGCCCGAACGCUGGCCGAGGUGGUGUCGAUGUCCACCGGGUCCUGCAUCCCACCUGUUCUCCUGCGGCGGUCCCAUUCUCCAAUCCCCUCCAUUCUGUAAUAAAUGGAGCAGUGGUGUAGUUAGAGCUCUUUCCUUGGGUCUUCCUCCUGUCCUGCUGCUGUUUGAUUUAGUUUGGUCUGUCUUGUUUUCUGGUCCUUGUCUUCUGGAGCUGUGUUUUUGUCUCCUCUUCUCCUCUUCCUCCGUCCGUUUUGCUUGUUUCUUGUCUUUACGUACCGACUUUUAACUCACACAAAGCCAUCAGAGAGAAAGAAAACCUCCAAAAGAUCUCAGGGAAAUUUGUAUGGAUUUCCUAGUUGUAUCAAACUCAAUAGAAGAACAGGGAUGAGGAAGGUAAACUUUUCUUUAAGAGCACAUUAUUGUUCCAGGGGGCACAUCAUAACUGGAAGAACUAAUGAGGCAAAGCCUCUCUUCAAAUGAUUGAAAUCAUGAAUUUACUAUGAAUGUUUACUUAUAAAUCCUCUCCCAUUUGAUUAUAUUGUGUGACUCCUGGAGGACAAAAUAAUAGCCACUUGUUUUUUUUUGUCAGUUUGCUUUUUGUGUAGUUUCUACGUUUAAAUGGUAUAAUUCCCUUUUGGUCUGGUGAAGUCUUCCUUCUUUCUCCGUCGCCUCUUUAACAAGAACCCAGGUAGGAGCAAUCAGGAUUUCCUCUUUCUCUCCUCCGCUGUCUACGGCCAGUGUCUCUCCUUCCUCUGCAAUUCUUUCAUUCUCCCUGUGCAUUUCUGUCCAUCUCUCUUUCUCCAACCUCUUUAGCCCUGGAUUGCAAAAGCAACCCAAAUGAACGUUUUUUUUUACUAUACUGAAAAGGAAGUCUUAUUUUCUCAGCCAAUUUCCUCCUUAUUCUUUGAGCUGAAUGAAAACAAGGCCCAAUGGCAGGAUGACCCUGAGCAAUCCCAUCCUCCCCUGUAUUUUCUACUGCAGAUCCCUGCAAAGAGGAAACUGCCCUAGUUAAGUAUAUGCAGUCAGAGGUGCUCAAAGUGACCUGAGAAGGCAGCAGCAUCUCAAAACCUUGGAUUCCCUUCUCCAGCAUUGCUGGACUCCACAACGGCCAGAGGGAUUUCAGGCUGGAAUCCACAAGAGGGACGCAUGUGUAGAGAGAGAGAGAGCACAAUAGAGGAUGUUGCUAAUCGGCGUUUUUAUUCCCAAUCCGAUGGCGUGAGGGACCCAACGGACAAGGACUUUUUUAAAGAAGACCAGCGAAGGAAGAGUGUGACCAAUGGAUGGCUUUAAAGCCAGCAGAAUGCAUUUUUAUAAACACAGUACUAACGAUAGUACCUGCAGUGACAGAUGUAGUGGACUCUUACCUGUUCAUUUUAGCAUGAGCUGCAUGGUGUUACAUAAAAAGAGGAAAAUAUUCUAUAUCUGUUAUGAAUAUCUGUACAGAAAAAAAACAACAUAUUUUCUUUCAAGAGUUCCUGACUUUUGCAGAAUUGACAUGUAGCCAUGGAUACGAUGAGAUGUUCAGAAACCAUGUUCUUUAUUUGAGCAACAGAUCUUUCUUCAUUCUGUCUUUGUUGUUAACCACAUGACUCAGCUCUGGUCACAUUGACCUCACAUUCUGAACUAAAUGCUAGUGGUUAGAGUGUAAACUCCACCUUUCGACUUUGUUUCUGUCUGGCAUGCUUGUGAUUUUGGAUCUUAUAGACAAACAAAAAAACUGAGCAAAAUGAGUUAUUUUUCUGUUUUAUGUCAUAAUUAUUGGUGAAUAGAUCCUGUGCAAACUGUCGUGAGCAAAUGUUUAUUUCACAUAUCAAGUGCAUACUUUUGACAGUGUUAUUUUUGGAAAGAAAACAAGCGAAUAUGAAAAACAAGAAAAAAAAACAGCAUCCUGUUGAGAUAUUUUCCAUUUUCUCUCAUUACUUUUAGGUACUAAAACACAAAGAAAAGCAAAAAAGGCAGAUGUAUAUUUACAUUAUAAGAGAAUUGUAUGCAAUUUAGAACUUUGGGAACAAAAAGACAAAAAAACAAAAGUGCAUGCACAAUGUUAUGCAACUGCAUAGAAAAAAAAAGAAAGAAAAACAUGAGUACAAACAAAGCAUGAAAUAAAUUUUGUAUGAAACCUGUUA